AUGGUUUGGCUUAUCAGACGUAAAGAUGGAGUUUCACCACUAUUUCCACUUAGAGGAUGUUUCUGCUUAGACAACCGCUUGGGUUGUUUUAUUUCAACUGCAACUACAGCGAUCACUUCAUCAAUCUCACUGCUUUUUGUGGUUCUAGAUUUGGUUUCCUGGGCAUUACCGGAAUUCAUCAUAGAUCCUCAAUUUCCUACUUAUUGGCGCAUUAGGUUUUGGAAAGGCUUUAUAUUGUGUGACAUUGUCAUGUUUUUCGCAGAUCUUAUCCUUAUUAUUAUUUCCAUCAUCGUUAUUGUUGCCAUCUCUUGGCCAGCAAGAUAUAGGCUUUAUCAUUUGAAGUCGUAUCUUCGGGCUUGGUGCAUAAUCAUGCUACUUUACCAGAUUACUAAUUUAGGUGUUGGCGUCUACACUUACUCGUGGUAUGGACUGGCUGCCUGGCGUGCACCCUAUUUAAUCUUCAGCGUUAUGUACUUCAUUGUGUGCUACGUCCUCUACGUCGGUUUUUUAAUUAUUGGAUAUUCGUAUUAUUCAGAGAUCAGACUGACAUUACUUGGGGAAGGGGACCCUGAAGUGUUGCAGGAAAUUAACUUCCUUAAUGGAGCUGCAAGUACAUUGUCACCACGCAACUACACAUUCCCAUCGAACCAAAAACUAUAA